AUGGACUUUGUCGGAGAAAUAAUAGAACAUGAGAUUGAACCUCCUUCGGAGCCAACUCCAUUUAAUGCAUCUACCGGGUUCCCUGACCCACAUAAAGUAAAGAAAGUCUCACGAUGGAAGCAAAAGCAACCUAAGGCGACUACAUCAGAGUUGCCAUCGCAUGAAGAUGCCACACCGGAACUUUCUGAAGCAGAAAAGAUUGAUAAGGAGAACCGCGAUAGAAUGGCCAAGAUGUCUAAAAGUGAAAUAUUACAAGAAAAGCAAGAGCUUUUGAAUCAGCUAGACCCCAAACUCGUUCAAAGCUUGUUGAAGAGGACUAGUGGUAAAAGGAAACUGAGUGAAGGCAUCGAGAAGCAUGAGGAUAGUCACAACCACAGUCACCAUGAACAUGCCGAAGGAUAUAAUGGAUGGAUAGGAGGUAUGAAGACUUCUGAAGGUUUGACUGAUAUAUCCCAAUUGGAGAAGGAGGACGUGGAGAAGGCUCUAGGAUUGGAUUCGGAGCGCAAAGUUCGAUUCAAUGACGACAAGGUUGAAAGGAUAGAGUACCAAGUAUCUGAUAAUGAAAAACAAAUACAGGAUGACUCGGAUUCAGAUGCAAUUGCUCCUGAUGGUUACCAAUUGAAUCAAGAUGAAGAUGAAGAUAUGGGUGAGAGUCAUUCUACAGUACACUUUACGAAACCUAGUCAAGAUGAUUUAGAUAUAAACGAUCCAAACUUUUUUGACAAGCUACAUGAAAAAUAUUUCCCUGAUUUACCCAAGGAAACUGAGAAAUUAUCGUGGAUGACAAAGCCCUUGCCUAAACAAGUUUCCACUACUUAUGAAAGUAUUUCCGACAUGAGGUUUGACUUUAACGGAGACUUGAUUCAGAUUAACAUAGAUGAAGAGAAAGAUGACUCACAAGGCAUACCGACCUACCUUGGUCUACAUCACCACUCUGAAAAUCCACAUAUGGCAGGGUAUACAUUGAGUGAAUUAGUUCACUUGUCACGUUCGGUGGUACCCGGCCAACGAUGUAUUAGUAUACAAACUUUGGGAAGAAUAUUACAUAAACUAGGCAAACACGAGUUGAAUAUCAUUCCUGUUUCUGAAACUGAGGAAAAUCAAGACUUAAAAGAGAUGGUGAACACGUUUGAAAAAAUGAUGUGGGAUUUAAUUGAAGAGCUAAGGGUUGUUGAGAGUAUAACUGAAGCUGCGGAUGAAAAGUAUACCAAAAACUUGUCGGUCCGCAAUUAUGCUAUUGAAGCGUUGUAUCUCAUCAAAACUGCCAAGUAG